UAAAAUUCCGUUUUGUGCAUCCCGACCCAGUGGAAUGCCUGAUUUAAUCUGCGACUGCUUCCCUGUAGCCAGCGCUUCGUUUAUUUCGUGGCCGUGCUGUCAACGGAACAGCCAUGCAUGUCUCUUCCACACACACAAUGCUGGCGAAUGCGUGAGCGCAAUCGACCCCCAGCUAUCGCAACAAUACGUUCCCAGUCAUCUGAGUCUCUCUCCUUCCCAUGGGCGAUACUCCACGCCUGCGUCUCCCCUUGUUCUCCUUGCUCUCCUCCUUGCCAGUUCGCAUCCAGCCAUUUUACUCUUCUCUUGUACAUUCGUUUACAGCAUGUGCAGUCUCAUAAAGAUCAUCGACUGUCUGGUGAUAGUGUCACUCGCAUUUAAUACCAUCGUGCUGCUGAUGAUUGCCCAUGGCGACAUAAAGCCUGAGCGCAAAAUUUGCCGCUCCCCGUUUGUCGACGAAACCAGCUACCCGGUACACGAUGACGACUCGAGUAUUCAGUUCCGGUGUUGGAACAUUUAACUCCCCUCCCACUGCCACCAAUGUACAUAGCCCUUUAGUGCAAAAAGCGACCUUCACUGCCUUUCUGUUUCUAACCACGUUUAUUGAUUAGUGCCCUCCCGGUUGAAUCUCGUCC